AAAUCCCAGGAACCGGAGAAAGAAAGUUCUCAGAGUGAAGAAAGGCGGAGCAGAACAGAUCAGGGGCGGAUACUAGAAGACCAACGGCGGAUUGAGGCAGAUGCAAUAUCAACCUUGAAAGUUAAACUAGAAGAACUAGAAAGUUAUGCCUACCAGGCUGGAGAAGCCACCCUUCCUUCCUCCCUAGUUCUACAAAGACAAUCUGUAGUGUUGGAACAACUCAAGGAAAGAUUAAAUAUAGAUGUAUCCGAUAUUGCCCGUCUCUCCGAAGAUGAAUUAAAAGCCGAAGUUGACUCAAAACUUUGUCAGUUUGUUAAUCCUCUAAGGAUGAAGAGUCAGCUUGUAUCCCAGCUACAAACACAGAUUCAAGACCUAGAAAUGUUUAUACAUUUUAUCCAGGCUAAAGAACUAGCUUUAUUUAUCAAAAUAUUUUGGACUGCUGAAUCUUCGGAACGGGUUCGAAAAAUAGAGGAACAAAAGCAAACGUUAAACCUUCUGAAAAAGGCUGUAUCUGUACUGCAGAUGACAAGUACUGUGACGUCUCUUGGCUGCGGUUCACAGAAGUUUAAAAGCAACACAUUAAAAGGAGAAUCAGGUCAUUAUGGUGACCUUCUUAGGGAUCUUCUACAUCAUGGACUAGGGCAGAAAAGUAGGCGUGGUUCUCUUCUCCCCUUCUCUGGCUGUAUGUCUGGUAGAAGCUCGACAAAUACAGGGAUAGUUCAUGUCUGGGAUGUUAUAACCAGGUAUUAUGAGCUGAAGGGCGGAGCUGAAUUCAAUUCUGCUCCUGCGCGUCGUUUGUCAAGAAGUUUUGGUUUAGAUCUAGCACCUACUGUAUCCAAUAACAAACAGGUGUUACUGCAGACUAUUGGUCAGAUUUUAUCCUCGCACUCCCAGUACAAACGGACUCCUGAUCAACACUUCAAGGCUUUCGUAUCAGCAGGACUGAAUAAACGCAAGCUUGUUCCGUGGCUCAGAUUAAUCCUAAGAAAUCAGACUAUACUGGAGACUAUGUAUCAACCUUCUAGCUAUGUGGUAACAACAGGAUUUGAUGAUGGUUUCCAUCUUCUUGAACGUUUAUCUCUUUAUGUUUUCAAUCUACCGGUUAACCUUGCUGUUAAACAGUUCCAGAUUCUGUUUCAUGCUCAGGGUCAAACACAGGUUCAUCUACAGGUUCAGGUUCAGGGUCAAGCACAGCUUCAGGUUCAG